GAUCUGAGGGGGACCCCGAUGUCGGUAGGAACCUUGGAAGAGAUCAUCGAUGACAAUCAUGCCAUUGUGUCUACAUCUGUGGGCUCAGAACACUAUGUCAGCAUCCUUUCAUUUGUGGACAAGGAUCUGCUGGAACCAGGCUGCUCAGUCCUGCUCAACCACAAGGUGCAUGCUGUGAUUGGGGUGCUGAUGGAUGAUACAGAUCCUCUGGUCACAGUGAUGAAGGUGGAAAAGGCCCCCCAGGAAACCUAUGCCGACAUUGGUGGGUUGGACAACCAAAUCCAGGAAAUUAAGGAAUCUGUGGAGCUUCCUCUCACCCAUCCUGAAUACUAUGAAGAGAUGGGUAUAAAGCCUCCUAAAGGAGUCAUUCUCUAUGGUCCACCUGGCACAGGUAUGCUCUGCGUUUGACAUUCUACAGGCCCUCAGCCCGUAUCUUGAGCAGCCGCAUUCACUGGUUGG